GGCACCGGCAGUGAUAGAGGGGCAUUUAGUGUUGGACAAUCAUUCGCAAAGCCGGGUGGACGAACGCCAGGGAAGACUGGCAUGGCCAUGAAAAACCCUAAUAUGGGCAAGAUCUUACCAAAUAUGGACCAGAAUCUACCUACCCGGGGUGUGAGGGAAGAGGGAAAUACGAACACGAACACGAACACGAAUACGAAUACGGAAACUGAGAAGUUGUUGAGUUAUGAGAACAUCAUCACGAAGGAUGAUGUUUGGACUGUGUUUGCGGCCUAUGCACCAGUUGGCGAGGGACAGGCAGCGCAGUCUGAAACCGAAACCGCAACCACCGACCCAGCGCCACAAGUGCUCAUGCUCUAUCUACUGCUGGUGUACGAGUCUCUGGUUGAUCCAACCACACACACGUCCACCAACACAGCACAACACACCAAUGCCACGGGCAGCGAAGGCGACAACAAACUCACAGGCACACACGCGACAUGCCACACACAGGGCACGGCUGCGGCGGAGUCGGGGGCUGUGGAAAUGCGAAGCAUUGAACUCCUCGCGGCCUCUGCGGUGACUAGCGGUGGCGUGUUGGGAGGUGGACUGACCACAUCGGUUGUGCCGUACUUGCCUGUACGUUUGUUGCUGUCCGUGGUCACACGCAAUCGACAAAAGUACAACUGUGUGUACCAUUCACUGUUUGCGCUCCUGGUGGUGCGUUAUAGGCACCUGUUCAAUGUCAGUGAUCUGCUCAUGGGCGACUCACUCACCAGCCAACGGCCCAGCGGUGGAACAGCGUCUACUCAAGACUUCUCACUACGUCAACUGGAGGACAUGUACCGAACUUCAGUGGAGGAGGACGCCCGAACCUCGGAUGCGGCCAAGGCCCGAACUUCGGGGAGUGAAGAGGACCUUGCUGAAGUAUCGCAAGAUGGGAUAAAUGCGGAGAUAAAGCAGCCUUUGACUGCACAGGCGAAGUCAGACCUGCGUACAGUUACAUAUAUGACCGCCGCGGAGGUGUCUGCCGCGUUUGAGGAGUGGUGGGAUAUGGGCAACCACACACACGGACACACACACGCACCCACACAACCAGACAUACACCCCUUUACACACACACACGCACCUACACAACCAGACACACACCCCUUUACACACAUACACGCACCUGCACAACCAGACACACACCCCUUUACACACACACACUCACCCACACCCAGUAACGAGGCCACCCCACACUCUACUGAGAUCCUGGGAGACCAUGCACACCCAGACACCACUCAACCACAGCCGGCAAUGGGACUGUCCUAUACUAUAAAUAGAUUGCUCCAACGGCUCAGCACGGCUCCCAACUUACCUACUCUCGCGGUGGAGAUAUUCCCAGUGGUGUUGCGCAAUCUGUUGCCGGUGUUCACUGAUCCGAAGGCGACGGGGUUUGUGCACACGGCCACACUACUCGAAGCACUGUGGGACAAAGCCAGUGCAGUGGCUCCCGAACAGCUGUGGGUCGUUACCGCUAACGAAUUCCUUAGUCACGGCAUGUCCGCCCAAUCAAAAGGCCUGGCGCACAAUUCUAUUAAUAGCCACCAAUUAGGAGCGAGUACAAGCAACACACACCGGCUUAAUGUACACCAAGGUACCAAACGAGGCGCAGACACCUUACCCGCCACCACAGCCAAGCGAACAAAGGUCGUCUACCCGCGCGUACACACACACACACACGCGCGCGCGUACACACGCACAGACUUCCUCAAGGAUCCUUUGCUGCUACUGCGUGUGGGUGAGAGUGUGCUUAAACAUCCUCGCCUGCUGUCUAUUCUGUUGAAGAUUCUUGGGUGCGUGCUGGGCGCCGCGAAUGACCACUUUGAACGGGCUACAAAGCUGGUUAAGGGGAUGAAAGACUCGACACCUGCCUCAGAGUUGGACAAGCAAUUAGAAACAAUCAAACUCUUCCGAGCGGCGGCUGUGAUACAGUUGUUGCUGGAAGCCGUUGGCGAGGAAACGUAUCAGGAGACCUUUACCUUCAUUCACCACCUGUUCAUCGAACUACCCUCGCUCAUCCAAUUGGUGCACUUCCAGACCUACGACUGUGCCCUUCUGCCGUUGACUGCGGGAGCCAUCCCCUCCAUGCACAUGUGUAUGGCGUUCAUCCCCGAUCUCGUGAACUCAGCCGAUGUGGAUCGACAGAUCUUCGGCGUGUUGCUGGCCAGCUACUUGGUGAUGCUGUAUCCUCUAGUGCAAAACAUGACGGCAAUCCAAAGCGUUAUGCAGUUCUUACAACGCACCAUCGCAAUUCCUUCCAAAGACAGGUAUCUAUCGAAUCGAUUGGUAACGCGUUUGUAAAACGCAAUGAGAGGCGGAUGUACACGUCCUAGCCGUGCUUGACGUAUUUGGUUUGUAAGCAAAUCGGAUCGAGUUGAGUAUGCUCACUAU